GCGUGUGGUGCGAUGGAAAGCACGCGUGCGCACGCCCGAUCGUGUGUAGUUCGCGCGUUCUAGUGUGCCGCGACGUCGUGUCCAGGGAGGCUGCUCGCUGCCGCUCGAAACAAACAAGCUUUGGCUUCGCGGCAAACAACACCACACGUUCGAAACCGCGUACCAACCGGGGCGCUCACCCGUGUUUAGGCGUGCGUGCGUGCGUGCGUGCGUCCCAGCGUGUAUAAUAUUCGCGAGUGCGAACGGGUUUUUUGGUUUUUGUUUCGUUCUUGCUGUUUUGUUGUGUGCGGAAAAAAGGGGCGAAAGACGCACAAAACAGAAAAGCAAACCGGCUGGCACUGCUGGUACAGAACGCGGCGCCAAACACUCCCCGUUCUGCGCCCUUUGCCAAAACAGCAAAAACGUUAGCCGUUUGUGGUUUUUCUGUGGCUGUGUGUUUGAAACCGCGUGGUUUGCGAGCAACGCCGAAAGAACAGCCCCGUCGCUCGGAAGUGGGGGUGCAGCAGCAGCAGUAGCGGCAGCAUCAGCAUCAGCAGCCACCCCAAAAGGUGUGCUGGGCGUGUGGCGGCAAGCAAUCAAUACUGUAAGAGGCGUGUGCAAAAAUAGGCCAGUGCUGAAUAUCGGCAGAAGUGUGGCAGUAUUUUUGUUGUUGUUGUUGUUCUAGCUGUUUUUAGUGAAGGAUAGAGGGGGGGCAAAGCCCCAUUCGGGAACUACUGCUUACACCUCGUGCAAUCGUGUGUAUGUGGAAUGGUUUAAUAGAAGGUAGGGGAAAAAAAGAAAGUAGAAACGUCCUGCCAAACGGUCCACGCGGUGCUAAUCGAUGUCGAUAUAUUGCGAAUAGUGUGGGGGGUAGCCCAGGCGAAUCGCUGCUGCAAGGAUAGCAGGACCAUGGUCCGCCAUCAGUUCUGCCUCAACAACAACAACAACGACGACCGGUGGUGAGUGCAAUCGUCGUGUGCCGCAUAUAUCUAUUGAUCCAAUGUUUAUCUGAAACGGGCAAGCCCUUUUCUUUGCCUGGCUUUGGAUGGAGCAAGCGUGUGUAAGCGUGGAGUGAUAGCUCGCGAUAUCGUGAAGCUCGGUUUUUCCUGUGUUGUCUGUGUUCUUGUUUGUAUGUGUGUGUGUGUGGGUUUCUGUGUACUCGUGAGUGUUUGCCCCGUUUGAUUCGCUAGAGUAAAAGUGUCUAACGCAAGCCAAGAAGAAGCCGGUCUGCCAAGUUCAGGAAGUGAUAAUACGCGAACCGAGCAAAACGUGGGCCGGCAGUGUGCGCCGCUAUUCGCUGCCCAGCACACAACUGCCAGCGAAAAUGAAGUGCUAAUUUGCGACUAAUAUCUUCGAUCGAGCGAUGAGCGUGAAAGCCAUUCUGAUGAAGGCCGGGCUUUAUUGAUGCGCAGGACCCUGUGCGCUGACUUUUGUUGCGGGAAAACUCAUUCCAAGUGCUUCCGGUGGCACUCACUGUGUGGGAAAAAGAUGCAAUAGACGCAGUAGCGAGCAAUCCGUAUGAUCCUGUGGUUUUCCCGUGUGCGCUGCUGCUACUGGAUGGAUGGAUGGAUGGAUGGAUAGAUGGAUGUUCACUCCACUUUGGUGGCAAACCAGCGGAAAAGGAUUUCCUUUAUCAACCCAUUCCCAUGUGCAGUGCGAUCAUGCACGAAACCCGAAGUAACACUAAAAAAGUUACUUGUUGAUGCCGCAAAACAGACGCUUGAAAACAUUGACUGUUUUUUCAGCAAUCAGACAGAACCGUGCUAGGGACUCGCUGGAAUGAUCAAACGAUUAGCAAAGUUCAAUGCACUCGGCAAAUUGCAAUCGUAUCCAGAUACGGGCACGAGCCAUUUGCUAUGGCCAGCAGAGUACCGCUCACGUACGAAAUGUCUCCAACGGUACACACAGAGGCGGACAUCGAGUCGUCAGUAGCAGUAGCGAAGCAGGUAGCGGAAGCAGUCGAAGAGGAGGAAGGAUCUGCGGACGAUCUCCAUCCUAGGUUGCCGGGCACCACCACCACCGCCUUCCAGCCGUCGCCCGUCGUCGUCGUACCCGGGUCCGUCACCAUAGUCGUUGAGUGUCAUAACGAUGCGGAUGCUGCCGCCGAUGGUGGUACCGGUGGUAGUCGCAUCACCACCACCAACAACAACAGUGCUAGUAUGAAAUGUCUCAAUUUUACCACCUCGCCCCACGCAUCCGCUCGCAAUACUCAUGCUGCAUCUGGCCAGGGCUGCAUCUCGAACACGACAGUACAGGACGGUGGUUCCGAAACGACGACAUCAUCACCAUCGCCGCCGCUGCCGCCGCCAACAACAGCAACAACAACAACCACAGUAGAUAGUGCAAAGAGUAAUCAAUUCGUCAAUCAUAGCUUUAGCUGCGGAGGGGGGGAAGACAUGGGCACCAGCGGUUCCGUGGUCGUGGCCAGCGAGGAUUGUGCCGAGGCCGCCCAAACGCAACCGGGGAUGACGGAGCUGGCACGCGGCUUUGCGGAUGUAGUGCGCGUGUCGACCAGUGUGCCGCAGCCGGUGACGGUGAGCUGCUGCGCUACCGGACCGGGCGGAAACGGAGUGGCGCCGAGAGGCACGCCAACAGCAGAUAAUGACGACAUGCUGGAAGCGUCCAACCGGUCCGAAUCGCAGCUCGAGAUCAGUGCGGCCGGUAUUGGGCCGGGGGCGGGUGGGCUGCGGGGCCGCGUACUGCCGAAGCUGCAGACGCUCGAGCAGACGACGCGCCCGAUCUACCCGAACGUGCCGUACAGCCCGUACAACAGCCCGUACGGUAGCCCGCGCAGUGGCCGCCGCCGGACACCGUUGCGCGAGUCGAGGCGCGUGUCGAUCGAGCAGUCGGGCAGCUUUCUGCAGCUGAACCAGUACAAACUGCUGGACCAGAUUGGGCAGGGUUCGUACGGUUUGGUGAAGCUGGCAUACUCCGAGGAAGACUCUACACACUACGCCAUGAAGAUCCUGUCGAAAAGGAAGCUCCUUCGCAAGGCGGGCCUGAUGCGCCGGGGACCGAAGCGGGGCACAUCACCACUGGACCGGGUGUAUCGUGAGAUUGCCGUGCUGAAGAAGCUGGACCAUCCGAACGUGGUGAAGCUGGUGGAGGUGCUGGACGAUCCGCUGGAGGAUUCGCUCUAUCUAGUCUUCGAGUUGGUGCAACAGGGCGAAGUGUUGAGCAUACCGACCGAAACACCCCUGAGCGAGGAACGUGCCUGGAAUGUGUUUCGAGACGUGCUGCUGGGCGUCGAAUAUCUACACUAUCAGCGCAUCAUCCACGGGGACCUGAAGCCGGCCAAUCUGCUGCUGUCCGAUUCUGGCAGCGUCAAGGUGGCCGACCUCGGCGUCUGCAACGAGUUCCUCGGCGAGGAUGCGGCCAUGAACAACGGUUCCACGGCGGGGACGCCCGCCUUCCGGGCGCCGGAAACUCUGCUGCCCGGGCAACACUUUUACAAUGGCAAGGCGGCCGACAUCUGGGCCCUGGGCGCGACACUGUUCUCGCUCGUGCACGGUAACGUCCCGUUCAUUGCCACCUCGGUGCCGGGCGUGUACGAGAAGAUCAAGAACGAUCCGCUCGAGUUUCCGGCGAACUCGAGUGCCGCCGCCAGCAGCAUCAGCGAGGAGCUACGCGAUCUGAUCAGCCGUAUGCUGGAUAAGGACCCGCAGCAGCGCAUCACGCUGCCCCAGAUCAAGGAGCACCCGUGGAUGACCAAGCACGGUACGGUGCGGCUGCCGAGCGAGGAGGAAAACUGCCGGCUGGUGCAGAUCAGCGACGAGGACAUGAGCAGCGUGGUCAAGAGCAUACCGAAGCUGGACACGCUCAUCCUGAUCAAGACGAUGCUGAAGAAGCACUCGUUCCAGAACCCGUUCACCAAGGGCAUCUCGGGGCGGGCACCGCAGGCGGGCGGUUCGCGGCUGGAGCGGUUCUGCCGCUCGGGCCGCUCCAACUCGGCCCCGGGCGACUAUCACACCUCGGAACGCCAACCUUCGAGCGAGUCGCUGCUCCCGUCGGUGACGGAAGGGGUGACCAGCCCGCUCGGCAGUCCGGAUGCCACCUCCACCGUCGCCACCAUCACCACCGGCAGCAUCAUCUCCGAGCUGGACAGUCUCACGCUUCGGUCGGACGCAUCGUGCCCAUCCUCCAGCACGGACAACGAUACGGCCACGUCCCUGCUUAGUACCUCCUACUAUGAAGUACUGCUGUAGAGUAGCUUCACACAGCCUCCCCUCCCCCACUUGCCUCUCUUUUCUAGCUGCCCUGCGAGCUAACACCAUCCCGAUGGUACAGGCUUCGUCCAUCGAUUGUGCGGGCAUCACAGAUGGCGUCAGAUUUCGUACACCGUUUCUGCCAACAGUGAGUGUGCUGUGUAGUGUGUAUGUGUGUGUGGUGUGUAGAUAGUAGAGUAGUGUGCGCACUAAAAAAACAAUCGCACCCUCAACUGUCACCGUCUGACAGUUUGCGACUUAGCCGAUGAAGCGUCUGUGCGUAGUGCACACAAACAAAACGCCGUAAUAUGUAACAUUAAUGUUUGGUUUGUUGCAAUGAUUUUAUUGAUACGAAACGCGCCCCAAGGCGUUGUGACAAAGAAGGGAACAAAGUAGAAGAGUUUGGUUAAGCGACAGAGCCUCUGGCAAUAAGGGCUGUGCAAACACAAACACACACACACAGACAUCCCACAGUGUGCAAUAGGACGCUCCAAAAACAUAACAAACUGCCCAGACCGUGUGGUGUGGAGGUUUGGGCUCGUUUGGAGGAAGGGUUUUGUUAGUUUAAAGAUAUGCCGACAGUUGAUUAGUUAAUAAGUGAUCCAGGUUUUAAUUGAGGCCCCGCACAAGUUUCUACCCAUAAGCUGUAAUAAACACAGCACAAGUCAUCACAGUUACUAUAGACAUUGUAAUAUCAUACCGUCUACUACUACUUCGUACUACUACGCACAAAACAAAAACAAACAAAAACGCACACUAGCAUUUAAGAGACAGACACAACAGCAUGGCUGCACUAAUACCCUGCUGCUGUUGCUGCUGUGCUGCUUUAACUUUGUUUUCAAUACAAAAUUUAAUAAUAAUCAUUUCCAGUACUUUAUUAAGUGAUAGCUCCCACUACCCCCGUCAAACCCGUUAAAACCGCGGGUAUCGUGAAAUCUUAAUGUUUAAAAUCGUCACCGUUUGCAACGGCACAACUAACGCUAUUCUUACAUUUUUCUCUAACUGUUGUUGUACAUGAAUAAAACACACACGCACACACAACAUUCCAUCAUUAAGAUCGCGGGAAGGGAUGCGCCUGUGUUGUGGCAAACCAGCGUGGCAAACUUUCCCGUGGAAAUUCAGAAUUGAAAACGCUUUAAUACUACUUAUAUGAAAUAUAUGAUAAGAAAGGAAAAUAAAUCGAGCUAUCCAAAACGUUCGCACAAAAAAAAAAAACAACGGGCAUAAACUCGUACUAUAACUAAAUAAAACGGGAAUUGUAAUGUGGAAAUUUAACCUACACACAACAAGUACACUAACACACGAACAACACGCCACACAAAAUUCAAAGUUGGAAUCGCAAUGAUAGAACCAGAAAAGACCAAUCCGCUAGCCGUUGUCGUCCACCCGUUCGUUCGCAUGAAGCGGGUUAUUAUCGUAUGAUAAGGUAAUGAUAAAGUAGCAACAAAACCAGAAACGAUAGAUUUUUUAAACGAUAUCGAACGAGUUUCCUCCAAAGAGACGGUUUUUUUUUAGUGGUAAACCGGUUUUACGGAUACAUUUAUGGUACAGUUUUCCUCGGGAUUUGUUCAACCCCCCCCCCCCUCUCCCCCCACCCCAAACUCCAUUUUCCUCGCUCUCCCGCGAGAAAAAGCUAAUCGGUAAGAACGGCUGUUAAGAAGUUAGCGCGAAAUAUAGACACAUUUGUUAGGCUUUGCAAGGGCUGAUAGACUUACUAGAAUAAGGGGAGGAAAAAGGGAGGUAGGUGCAAGUAGUCAGCAAUUAAAAUGUAAAAAAAAGCAAAAGAACAGGAAACAGCUUGUCCCAUUGUGUGUGGUUCCUUUUGUCCCAACUCCGAACCUUAUUGCACAGUGUUCACUUACACAGUUUCUUGGAACGGUACCGAAUCAUCGAUCCUGCACUCAUCAGGCUCGUUUUAGAGAUAUCUUAGCUAGAACUGUGGUUUUCCUCUCCAAUAGAAAAUCCCUUUGUAAUGCCUCCCCACCCAUGCAGUCCCAUGCUUGUUAGCAAUAACCGCGAUAUAUCACCACCACGUGGUUUGAAACCCUGAAAGUGAUCACAAUACAACGAGAAGCGAAACUCUGAUCGUUAUGUUUUUUAAUUGUUGCAAGAAGAAGAAAAAGAAGAAGAAAAACACUGAAAAUUGUUAAUAAACCCACAAGCGAAAGAAAUGAAAAAGCAAUGUUAAAGAGUCUUUAUUAACCCGCGCCAAACUGAAAAUGGGGAACACAUAAGGAUGCAUUUGUCUGCAUUGUCUGUUUGUUUGUGUGACUUUUACUUUCCUCCUCCCCCUGCCCCCCUUCCCACAUCCCUCUUCUACCUAUCUGCACCCAUAAUUGCACCAACGAUGAAAUGAUGCAAGCGACACAAAAUCGACGAGCACAUCAAAGGAAGGAAAAGCAGCCCAAAUGCACUUUAGCAUCGCGUAACGGCAUUGUUGCAUUGUUAAACCUAGAGUCAGUGUACCUCUCGUUGAAAAAAAAAAAAGGGGGCGAAAAAGGAAAGCACACAAAUCGAGCAGCAAAGGUGUUUGUGUGUCUGUGUGUGUAGACGAGAUUGAGAGAUUGAUUGAAAUUGAAAAAUUGUUUGUUAAAAUUGAACCAUGUUUUGUAGGAGGAAAGUGUAAGAAAGGAAGAAAUGAUAAAAAAAAUCCAUUUUAAAAUAUGUUAAUAAUAAGUGUGGGGAAAAGAAAAACAACAACAUACAAUUCGACAUUCGAAGCAUAAUGAUAUUUUACACAUUUUCAGUUACUCCAGAUUAAAUAAUGUUUAAGCAUAGAUGAUAUUAAUGCAAAAAGAAACAAAACAAGAGAGAAACGUAGAAGUGCAAUGGGAAAUGCAGAGGAAAAUAUGACACUUGUGUCUCGAUUUUAUAUAUCUCUCUGUGUCUCUCUUUUAACAACUAUUAACAACUACUACCGAAAGCAUAUCAAGUUGACAAGCUACAUAAAAUUAAAAACUAACAUAAAAACACACACACAUAAAGUGACGAGUCAUACAAAAAAAAAACCCAUAAGACAUGAGAAACCCAUUGCGAGAAAGCACUUGGAAAGCUUUAGCAUGUAACUACUACUACACAAAACUCCCCCCUUAUUUGUGAUAAAAUGAUUAAAAAAGGAAGCAAGAAAAUUGGGUGCAAAUAGAAGAGGAAAAAGACAAGAAAAUUAAUAAGAUUCUAGAUUGUGUAGAUUUGUGCAUCCUUUAAAACAGCGCUAGAGACACAAGCAAGCAGCAAGCGAAAACUCGUAAACUUUUAUAUAAGACUUUUCCUAUUUCAAAAUAAAUUAAAGAAAAUUAAUAUUAAAAAAAAAGAAGUUUAUUAGUAUAUGCAGAUAAAAGCAGAAAACUGGUAGAAAAGAAAAAAACGAAGGCCAAAAAUAAUAAAAAAACGGAAAAAACGCAUAACUUUACUAACUAUAGUCUCUCUCUCUCUCUCUCUCUCUCUCUCUCUUUCAAUCGUCCAUGUUGGCGCUGGAGAACAUUGGCGUACGCAAUGAGCGAAAGCUUUUAAGCUUCUGCGCGAACGCAGAAGCACGCAUAUGUUUGCGUGUGUGUGCGCAACCCCGUCUCGACAUUUAAACAUUUCUACAACUAAACAUACACAAUUAUGAGCAAAAGCAAGCGAUAAGAAGCACUAAAAUAAAGCACAAUUUUUAUAAUAGCUGCACCAUCUCUUUCCACUCUCUUUUGUCCUGCUCUCCUUGUUCGCUUUGUGUCUUCUUCAGCAUCUCUCUAAAAUCGAUCUGUAACAUUUGCACAAUUCAAGCACGCACAAACACAAUUUGAAAGGUGCAUUUUUUUCAACUCUUCUCAAACUCGUUGUAGUAUUUAAGUAAAGGAGAAAGCGAAAAAAGAGUUUAUCCUAAGUAAGUGAAUUAAUAGCAAUAACCGGAGCACGGGUGUUGUUUGUGUGGAUUGAAAGGAUUGAUACGGUGGUGUGGUGUUUGUUGCUGUCCUGUGUCCCUCGAUCGCACGUCCACGUGGCGUAAGGGGGGCCGCAAGCACUCAUGCGAAUAUUACGCCCUCCCCCCAGAGACAAUCAGGCGCGUGGUGGAUUGCAAAAAGCAACAAAAUACUCCCACUUGUUGGUGAAAACUGAAACCAAAAUAAUGAAGAAAAGGAAACAGUAUGGGGUAAAAAGUUGGAAAAAUCAAACACAGCAGCUGCUGGGGCGUGUAAUGGACGCAAGCUGGCCGUCACGGUGCGGACAUUAGGACACAUAGACACACACUCACACACAAAUGCCAUUUGGUGCAAUAGUAAUACUCUCCCUCCUCCCAUCCCCGUAUUGUAUUCGGUAUCGUGUUUCAAAGCAGAGAAUAAAACCGAAGGUGAAACCAACACUCUCCCAACACUGAAUUAAAUGCCAGUAGGCGAAACAACGGGAGACGACGGGGGAGGACAAGGAUAGCAUAAUUACUUACACAAUUAAAAAAAAAAAGCUCGCAAGUGAAACUUAACAGCAGAACCAACUUCCCCUGUUCUUAAUUAAGUACUAAAAAAGAAGAAGAAGAAAAAAACAAGUAAAAGCGAUGAGAAUGUUAUACAAUCGAUCAUGCAACAAAAUUAUAUAUGAUAUGUAUAUUAUAUAUAUAUAUAUAUAUACUAGAUUCUACACAAAGCCUGAAAUGUGUUAAGAUUGAUCCAAAUAAAAAUCAUUCGUUUUUUCUAUUUUAAA